AUGUAUCCAGUCAAUUUAACAAUUGAUGAGGAAUACAAAUUAAAGUCAUUGGACCUGAGCUAUCUCUUCAUCUUGAUCUGUUCGAACAUUGGCGCGUCAAUCAUUGGGUGCAGCUGGGCGCGCAUGACUUUUGCUGCAUGCGUGCGGCAGAUGCAUACAUAUUUUGAAAGUCGAUGCUCAGCAUAUCGACAGCGACAACAGCAACAACAACAUUAA